AUGGGUUCCAUUGAUACUCCAACGAGGUUGCUGGCGCUGCCGGGAGAUUUAUGCGAUUAUGAUGCUUUGUUGAUGGACCAGUUCCUUAACGUUCUUCAGGAUUUGCAUGGCAAAGACAUCACACAAACGGUUCAAGAUUGCUAUGAGCUGUCUUCUGAGUAUGAAGAAGAGCAUGACCCUGACAAGUUGAAGCAGCUCGAGAACAAGCUGACUGGUCUUGAUGCUGGGGACUCAAUCAUGGUGGCCAAGUCAUUUUCUCACAAGCUGAAUUUGGCCAACUUGGCUGAGGAAGUUCAGAUGGCCUACCAAAGAAAGACUGAGUUAAUAGAGAAUUGUGACUCGGAUGAUGAGAACACUGAAUCAGACAUUGAACGGACCUUCAACAAGCUUGUGAAGAAGAAGACUCCUCAAGAAGUUUUUGAUGCUUUGAAGAACCAAACUGUAGAUUUGGUCCUUACUGCUCAUCCUACUCCGUCUGUCCGUAGCUAG